AUGCAGCAGCCUCCCACGACGCCGCCUCAGCGCGCUAAGCCUCCGACCCCCGCACGCCCCGUCAAUCGGCCCACCCUCCUGCAGGGGGGCGGGGGCGCUCCUCCCAUAUCGGGUGGUGCGCCGUCGGGCGGGGCUCCCCUCAAAUCUGGGGUCAGCCGGCGAGGCGGCCCCGCUGCGCCCCUCCCGGCGCACUUCUACGCCAUCCGCGAUCUUGUCCAAAGCGAACAGCGCUACGUCGCCACCCUCAACACUCUUGUUCACGGCUUUUUGGAGCCACUGCGCAAGGAGGGGAUUGUGAGUCAGGAGGAUGAGGCCGCGCUGGUGGGUCCCGUGGAGCGCCUUCUUCAAGUCAACAGCGAACUCAGCCAGAAGCUGAGCCCGCCAGGCGAGGUCAUCUCUCUGCUUCGCGUCGUCGAAGUCUUUGCUGAAGUGAUGGAGCCUCUGGUGAAGGUCUACGAGGAGUACUGUGCCAAUUACAAGCGGGCCAAGGACAAGCUCAACGCCCUCAUCCAGGACCCGAUCUUCUGCACGUUCAUUGAGAAACUCGAGGUCGUGAAUCAGUUCAACCUCUACAUGCUACGGAGCUUCCUCAUCCAGCCGCUGCAGAGGAUCUGCCACUACCCGCUGACGCUGAAGGAGCUGACGAAGUACCUGCCGGCGGAAGCCGACCCGGGCAAAUGGAAGGAGACCAUUCUCCGGCUGGAGAGCACCGCCACCGCCAUCAAUCUCAGCAAGGCCGAAGCCAAGGACAUCGAGAAGCUGUUCGACAUCGAGAAGAAGCUCGACGGCCUCGAGACCCAGAUCGCGUUGGCCGGUCGCAAGUUGGUGUUGGAGGGUCCGCUGAAGAUCAAGAAGAAGCAGGUCAAGGACGGCCACGUCUACCUCUUCAAUGACGCGUUGGUGCUCUCCAAGACAGCUGGCGCCAAGGCCUCCUUCGCGGGCUUCGCCGCGCUCAACAAGUGCGUUGUCCGCAUUCUCGAAGACUUUGACAAAACGGCGACGGGCAAGCACGGCUUCGAGAUCACCAAUCUGGACACCCACAAGAAGUGGCAGUUCUAUUGCCAGAACAGCGAAGAGCGGCAGAAGUGGGUGCAGAAGAUCCACGACGCCACGUCGGCCCUGCUGUCGAUCGGCAGCUCGGUGUGGGGCAGCGUGGCCGCCCGCGCCUCGGCCGCCGGCGAUGACGCCGCCGCGCCGGAGAGCCUCGUCAAGCUGAACGAGCGCGUCGGUGAGCUCGAGCAGGAGCGCCAGCAGAUGGCCGAAGAGCUCAACGCCUUCCGCUUCGUGCUGCGCGGCGAGCGCAACGAGAAGCUCAACCUCAUGGAGAGCAACUUCUCGCUCUCGUCCAAGUCCAACAAGCAGAAGCUGCUCAUCAACAAGCUGUGGAACCACCUGCGCAGCGGCGCCAAGCUGGGCGACGCCGAGCUCAAGGUGCUCGAGGCCGAGGUCAAGGACCUCCUGGGCACCCUCGCCAUCGGCGCCGGGACCGUGGCCGGCUCGCCCCAGCCGCCCAGCAGCGACAAGCAGCGUGGCGCCUUCUUCAAGAACUCGCCAAAGCCCGCCGCCGCCGCCGCCGGGUCGUCAUCGUCCAUCAUGGCCUCGGAGCGCAAGAGCAACGCCGACGACAGCCCCGCCUUCUACCACGCCUCCAAGCACUCGUCGCCCUAUUACUACUACGCCGAGAAGCAAGAAGAGGGCGACGUCAGCGCGGAGGAGGUGAAUCUGUUCCAGUACAUCACCCGGGACGACGAGACCGACGAGGGCGACGAGCGGAGGGCCUCCGUGGCCGGCGAUGACAAGCAGAGGCGGGUCAGCGUGGCCAAACCCGCCCCCGGGGCCUCCCUCACGCAGAAGAUCGAGCUGCCGGAUGACGUCAUCAAGGUGGGCUAUCUGUCGAAGAAGGGAGCCAAGAGGAGGAACUGGAAGGACCGCUGGUUCAUCCUGAAGAAGGAGUCGAUCGGUUACUACGCGAGCCCGUCGGACGCGACGCCGAAGGGCACCAUCUCGCUGCGGCGGUGCUCGGUGUUCAACUCCACCCGGAAGCCGUUCUGCUUCCACGUCUCCAACUUGAACCGCGACUACUACAUCGUGGCCAAAAACCAGCAGGAGCAGAAGGAGUGGAUGGAGGCCAUCACCGCCUGCAUCGACGAGCUCAAGAAAGAGGAGGAAGAGCAGCCUGAGGCUGCGGCGGCGGAACAGCAGAGGUCGGCCUACCAGGCCGGCGCCGAGAAGGAGGGCACGCUCAUGUACGAGGAGAGCCCCGGCCGGUGGCUCAGCAACUGGCUCUCGCUCAAGGAGGGCCGGCUCUAUCUCUUCGGCAGCCGAACGGACGCCUGGCCGCACGGAGUGAUCGAGCUCGAGGGCUGUGCGGUGGAGGUGGAGUCCGCCAAGCCCGAGGAGGAGAAGAAGAAAAAGAAGAAGGGUCAGUUCGUGUUCCUCAUCAUGAACCCGACCGUCGGCUCCACCCGAUUCUGUGGUGCGUCGGAGCGGGAGCGCGCCGAGUGGGUCACCGCCAUCGACAUGGCCUGCAGGAAUGCCGAAGCGGUGAAGAAGGCCGAGGAGGAAGCAGAGGCCAAGGCUGCGGCGGAGGAACAGACCGAAGACGACGAGGCCGCCAAGCUGCGCGCCCUCCUCCAACUCUACGCCCUCCGCGUCUAG